CUGCGGAUGCUACUGAUGAGGUAGUGCAGCAACAUGCGCGCUAUCACAUACUCGAUCGGUUGGGGACGAUUUUGUUUAUGGAUAAGUCGGCAGACCGGGUGUCGGUGCUGCCUCUACAGUUCCUAAACCCAAUCAGCAACGCGAAGAGGUACAGUUGGGGUAGUGGGGCAUUAGCCUGGUUGUACAGGCACUUAUGCAAGGCAUCGGAGUCGAAGGCGAAGCAGAUUGGAGGAGCAGUGAUGUUGGUGCAGCUGUGGGCGUAUUCGAGGUUCCCACUGAUAUGCCCUGUUAUGAGGUUGCCACUACCGCCAGUGGAGGCAGGUCCCCUUGCCAAUCGAUGGAAGGGGCCGAAGAGCACGACAGAGCAUGCGACACAUGUGCUAGUUGCGUAUCGUGCGUCACUGUCGAGUAUACGGGCACACCAGGUUGUUUGGGAGCCCUACAGCGAUGUCCUAGAGUUGUUGCCCCCAUAUUGCACUGCCGGCCGACAAAUAUGGAGGGCCGAUGUGCCAUUGAUCUAUUUUUGGAUAGUAGAGGAUCAUCAUCCCGAACGUGUCUUUCGUCAAUUCGGGAUGAAGCAAGUGCCACCGGAUAUUGUAGAUACGUCCGUUCAUCUCCACAAAAUCUCCCUCCAAGGUAAACUAGAUAAGGAUUGGGUGCAAGAGCAUGCUGUCUACAUUGACCGAUGGGCCCAUAGAGAGGAACAUAUUGCUGACGCACCGGCAUUGGAUGGGGACACGACAUACCUUGCUGCUUACAUGGAGUCGUACCGAAAGACGACGAGACGGUACAUUACACGCGACUCGGCGUAUUGGGAAAUCAUGGUUGAGUCCACUGUGGAAUUACUAUUGCAAUGCGAACCAAACUCCGCAGUGUACAAUCACCUGAAGAGGACGCUGGACAUUGUCAGAGAGAUGAGCUGA